CGGACGUAUGCUUGCUGUCCUGAUGUCCCGGCACCUGUCCGCCUAUAGGAGUGUUCCUAAAAGUUCCCCAGCUCGUGGAAAGCUGAAAAGUCUAAUUUUCAGAAACCGCAAUAUCCGUCAAAAAGAACCAAAGAGUCCCUGGUUCGAUGUGCUCGAGUCUAAAGUACAGCUCGACGACUCAACUACUCGGAUUUUGUCCGAAACCUGAGAAGAAACAGAGGCAGGCAGUGCAGUGCAGUGCAGUACUCAUUGUGCCUGAGCUUCGAGACUUGGAGCCCCCUUUCGAACCAUCUAGGUGAUCGAUGUUCUGCUGUUCGGAUUCCGGUCAAAGAGGUAAAUGAUACUGCAGAUUGUGGUGUCCACCAUAUUUCAGAAAUCCGGACAAUUUCGGUAGCCGGCAGAGGUCCUGUGGCAGAGGGCAGGGUGUGCUUCUCCGACACCAACUACUGAUCGCUCCGUGAAUAUGGUUAAUGUUACGAAUAGAAUUGCUGUGCAAUAUUGAGCUGGGGAUCUGAGUUCUGGACUAGAUCUGGUUGCACUGCAGGAGCGAGCGCUUCGACAAUGAGACAGAUAGAAGCGGGAGAAUUCUUCCAGCUUCACAAGUCGACAGAAACAGAGAAUCAUUUGUUGCUCGAGUCUGACUGAGAGUCGUUGGCACAAUUUCGAUUGGGUGAUCGGACAUGGGACAGUCUAAUUACCAGUCGAACCCAGUUUUACUGCAUUCCGGGUGAAGAUGAUGAUCCAUCCAGCUAUUGUGAGCAGCGGAGUCGGAUCUCGCAGGAUGGAGGCUUGCACACUGAGUUCGUUGCUCGGUGGGAUAAGAAUUUCGGGCUCAAGGUUGAGCAGCACUGUGGCUAGUCGACGACAAACUGUUGCAAGUUUUACUGACAAUUUUGCGAGCCAUUGUCGAACAAGUCCGAAGCUCUGGCACAAGACAGUGUUUUCCUCUUCUUCGGUCGGACAUCUCGGAGCUUGUGCACGCAGUGUUCUCGGUGCUGCCAAUGUCACUAAAGAUACGAUGGCCAAGACGGCUAUGCAUUUCCUGGAUUCGGAAGUGAUGGCUGAAGUGAAUGCACCCACUUCUUUUGAAGAUAUUAGGGAUGCUCUCAAGAUCGACAGCUACCCCCUGUCCGCUUAUGACACUGCAUGGGUAGCCUUGAUUUCGAAUGAUGAGGGAGAUGGGCCUCUUUUUCCUCAGACUCUUGAAUGGAUAUCCAGCAAUCAGCGUCUAGAUGGUGCAUGGGGAUGUUCUUCAGAUACCUUCUUCGACUUGAUUACUUCCACUCUUGCCUGUCUGGUGUCUUUGAAAACCUGGAAUUCUGCUCCAAAAUGUAGCCUCGAAGGAGAACAGUUCCUCAAAGGUGCAUUCACCUCCAUGAAGACUGAUGACUUGACAUUAGUAAGCCCUGGUAUGUUUCAUGCCUUGGCCGAAUUGUUGGAAGAGGCCUCGAGACUCGACAUCUCCUUACCAUACUCAUGCUCUGUUGUGGAGCAUCUUCGCAUCCACCAUGGUCAACUGCUGCACAGUUUGAAGGGAACGCAUGACUUGAUCAAGACAUGCUCGACAAGGCUGCUCAGCUUUCCAGAAUGUAUUCAACAUGUCAUACCUUGGAACCACAUUUCUGAACUUCAAUCGGCCGACGGUGACCUCUUCUCGUCCCCUGCUGCGACUGCCUGCCUUUAUAUGAAAACAAGAGACAACAAAGCGUUGUGCUAUUUGAAUGGUCUUUUAGACCAGUUUGGGUCUGCAGUGCCAAGUUCGUACCCAAAGCGGGUCUCUCAUAUAUUGAGUCUGAUCGAUCACCUUGAACGCUUGAACAUAGAUCGUCACUUCCAUCGAGAAAUACAUAACGUAUUGGAAACACUGAGCAGAGAAUGGACUCCGAAAAUUGACGAAGACACACAAGACAUGGUGUCGGAAAUCAUAAUCUUCCGAGCUCUUCGCGAGCAUGGCUAUUUAGUUUUGCCCGAGACGUCGGUUUUCGCGAGAUGCUGCAAGGCAUCUGCAGCAAGAGAGAAGCUCGGAGCCAGGUGUAUGCUUGAGCUGUACCGGGCGUCCGAAUUGAAGUUUCCUGGUGAAGAAAUCCUUGACUACGCGAAGGACAUAUCAACAACUCACCUGACCACACUGCUUUCACAAACUUCAGAAAGCGAUUCUAGAAAUGUGAUGGAAGAAAUCAAGUAUGUUCUCGAUUUUCCAUACUUUAUGAGGAAUCUACCACAAGAGAGCAUGAUUUACAUGGACCGCUUUCAAUACAAGGACGAGACCAUGGAGACAUACGUUGAAACGGGUUUCUCCAGAACGACCCAUGCCAGGGGUCCUAGAUUGCUGGCAUUUGCGAAGAGCAACUUCAGUUCCUGUCAAUCUCUUUAUCAAAAAGAGUUAGAAAGCUUGGCAAGGUGGGUGAAGGAGAGCAGGUUUGCAGAAUUUUCCUUCGUACGUCAGCCACUUUAUCCAUCAUAUCUUACAGCGGUUGGAGUCGCCUCUGGCCCGGAGAUGGCACUUGCGCGUGCUUCUUGGACCAUGAGUUCAAUAAUGACCACCGCGGUCGAUGAUCUAUUUGAUGAGAUCGCGGACGUUCAUGAGCUGAGACUGUUCGUAGAAUGUGUGAGAAGAUGGGACCUUUCUCUGGUAGAGAAUUGCUCUGAGCCGCUGAAAGUAAUAGCUCGCGGUGUAUUAAGCUCUGUGAAUUUUCUAUGCGAGGAAGUCAGCAAAAUACAAGGGCGUGAUCUAAGCCACUUGUUCCAACGCUUGUGGGUAGAUCUAGUAAUGAGCAUGUUGACGGAAGCAGAGUGGACUGCCUCGGGGCACCAACCAUCCUCAGAUGAAUACAUUGACACGAGCUGGGUUAGUUUUGCACUUGGACCCAUCGUUCCUGUAACAACUUUCUUCCUGGGAUCAGUGAUCUCAGACGAAGAUCUUGAAGACCAAGAGUAUUGGGAUCUGUUUCGCUCUGUCAGUACAUUUGGAAGACUGCUGAACGACUGCUCAACCCAGCAAAGGGAUAAUGAAGGUGGUCACGUGUCUUCUAUCACAGCGCACAUGAGAGAGCAUCCUGAGCUCACAGCAGACCAAGCAAGGAUAGCAAUCCAGGGCCAAGUGAGGGAGAGAGCACAUGAAGUGCUCUCCAAGCUUCUGAACCCAAGUUACACUCUGCCCCCGGUCAGGAGUGGCUGGUUGGGAAUGAUGCGAGCGCUGUACAUGAUGUAUUACAGAAACGUAGACGGCUUCAGCAACACUCCUGCUGAACUUAAGAAGAUUAUAAAGCGAUUCUUUUUCCAACCCAUCGAAAGUGAACAGGCCUAGAAGCAACCGGAAGACGUCUCCAGUAAAGUAGUUGUAAGUAGCUCAGUCCCUCCAGAACUCAAAUAUCUCCCCUCCGCAGCUCGACAGCAGGUUAAAUCCCAUAACCCAGAUGGGAUUUGGUUGGACCUGAAACGUCAGCUCGAAAGUAAGCAACGACUUUGUAAGAGCUAUCACAGUUAUCGCAGAUGCACAAGUGACUAGAGUCAGAUACUAGCAGUAGCAGUAGGAUCGGCUGCAUCAAUCCUCUUCUUCAUAGCUGGGCAUUUUUAAAGGACCCUCGGGUCUCGUGUCGAGUCUAUAUGGGAAUAAAGCGCCAGACGAACAAGACUCUGUGGAACA